AUGGCCAAACCAUCAUCGAAAACCAGAGAAAUUUUUAUAGAUAUCGAUGAUGAGACUCAAAACGUUAAUCAACAAAGUGGUUAUGUGUGGGAGGAAGAAUAUAAACGUAGUUGGGAUGUUUUGCAAGAAGAUGAAGAUGGAAGUCUAAAACGUAGUAUCGAUCAUCUUCAAAAUCGUCUAAAACGAAAAAGGUUGCUUCGAGAUACAUCUACAAUAAGACGUGGAAUCAUAAGAAACAUGUUUUUAAUAAUAGAUUUAUCUGAAGCCAUGAUGGAAAAAGAUCUUCGUCCAUCUCGACUUGAUUUAACAUUAUCUUAUGCAGAACAAUUUAUUCUAGAAUUUUUUGAUCAGAAUCCAAUCAGUCAACUUGGUAUUAUAGUGUCGAAAGGGGGUGUCGCCGAAAGACUUACAGGACUGUCUGGUAAUCCAAUGGAUAAUAUAAUUGCUUUGAAAAACAAAAAAAAUAUUGAUGUCGAUGGAGAACCAUCGUUGCAGAAUUCAUUGGAAUUGGCGCGAUCUUCAUUGAUUCAUACGCCAACUCAUGGAUCGCGAGAAAUUUUAUUAAUUAUGGGAUCACUUACAUCAUGUGACCCAGGUGAUAUAUAUGAAUCAAUUGAAGAUUUAGUGAAGGAUAAUGUUCGAGUUUCUAUUGUUGGAUUAUCAGCCGAAGUGCAAAUAUUCGUUCUCAAUGAAGCACAUUUCAAAGACCUACUUUUUGAAAUUAUCCCACCACCACCAGUUUCUUUUGCUCAGAGCAAUUCAAAGCUUGUGAUGAUGGGAUUUCCUAGUAGUGUCAAUCAAUCUUCACCUUAUCUAUGUGCAUGCCAUAAUAAACCCGUAACUAGUGGUUAUACAUGCGCUCGGUGCAAUUCAAAUAUAUGUGAUAUCCCAACAGAGUGUCCUAUAUGUGAACUUACGUUAGUUUCAAGUCCUCAUUUGGCUCGUUCAUACCAUCAUUUAUUUCCUGUGGAAAACUAUAUAGAAGUUCCUUGGAAUAGUGCUACGACAACGCAUUGUUUCGCAUGUCAGAUUUCUUUUCCUUCGUUAUCAGAACGUACUCUUUCAAAAAAUAUAGAAACAUCAAGUGGAAGAUACAGUUGUCAAAAAUGCAAUCAACAUUUUUGUAUAGAUUGUGAUGUGUUUGUACAUGAGGCGAUUCAUAAUUGUCCAGGAUGUUUAGCAACAUCACAAAAUAAUGUAAAAAAUUUGAUGGCCCAA